AGAAGCUCAAAUUAACAUACAAACUCAAUUACUCAAACACUCAAGUCUUAAAAUCCCAAAGAUGUCUCUCUUUACGCUCUUCUUCGCUUGCUUUGUUCCGAACUCAAGUUCGCGGGUUAACACAACCGACAACACUAACAUGGAAGUCUUGUCUACUUUAAAAAGACGGAAAAGCAAACCCGAGUCCCUAAGAACUCCGUCUCCCAUAAUCAUCGUCUCUUAUUUUCCAGCAAGCUCCACCCUUUCCCGUCUUUAGGAACUAUGAACUAUGAAGGAUGAAAAGUUGGGUUUUGUAGUGUGAGAAGACAGUGACACGACCAAGAAAGGAUAUGUGGCUCAGUGGCUGAUACUAUUGAUCCAGAUGAAUUUUAUUUAUGUCCCUUUUGUUCGUUCAAUUUGAUUACGUAAUAUAUACCAUUCAAAGAAUCUGCUUAUAUACAUGGUCGAGGUCGACACUAUUUUGUAUUGAUUUUGUUAUGUGUAGUUAUCGAAUUCCUUCAUAAAAAAGAAGAAUAUAUGAACUAUAUAUAUUCAUUAAUAACAUGUGCAAUGGCAAAUUUACUAGUGAAGAGAAGGAAGUUGAUCGAA